AUGAAGGAAGCACAGCCCCCUGCAAUCUCCCACAAUAGCACCAGAUCCUCGUACCAGCCUCUUCGGUUCCUGGUCAUCGGCGCAGGUUCUCGGGGCACUUCCUAUGCUCGCGCCGUCGCCACCACCACGGUCGGUGUGGUCCACGCUGUAGCCGAACCACAUGCGUACAAACGACAGGACUUUGGCCGUAACUUCAUUUGGGGUGACACAAACAAACCCCAAGAAGGCCAAGAAUUCCAGGACUGGCGCGACUGGCUGAGCUGGGAGCUCACUCGCCGUCAGAAGCAGCAGCAGCAGCCUCCCGGUGUGGACGGUGUCUUCAUCUGCACUCUGGACGAAACCCACAUCGAGAUCCUCAAGGCUCUCACCCCGCUCCAUUUGCAUAUCCUCUGCGAGAAGCCACUGGCGCUGUCGCUGGCCGACUGUCUCACAGCCUACCGCCUUCUCGGGGGUCAAGCUCCGUCCUCCGUCUUCUCCAUCGGCCACGUGCUGCGGUACAGUCCGCAUAAUAUCCUCCUGCGGAAGCUCCUCCUGGAAGACCACGUCAUCGGCGACAUAGUCUCCCUCGAGCAUUGCGAGCCCGUCGGCUGGUGGCAUUUCGCCCACAGCUACGUGCGCGGCAAUUGGCGUCGUCAGACGCCUGCCGGGGAUGGUUCCCUCCUCACCAAGUCCUGUCAUGAUAUCGAUUUCAUUCUUUGGCUGCUCUGUUCGCCACCUCCUUCCUGCACGACUGAGCAUGGGGAGGGCUCUGAGGAACCGCAUCUCCCGCGCUCCAUCUCCUCGACCGGUUCCCUGACCCAGUUCCGUCGCGUCCGGAAACCCAUCGCUGCAGGUGCUGCGACCAACUGUCUCUCCUGUCCCGCGGAGCCGGACUGCAACUACAGCUCUCUCAAGAUCUACCGAGACAUGCACGUGGCGCAGUCGGAUUUCGACUGGCCCGUGAAUAUCGUCUGUCCAGACAUCGAGGACGUCGUCCGUCUCGCGACGAGGUCAAUGUCGGACGGAACCGACGUGAAAGCAGCAGCGAAGACUGCAGCCGAAUCACAUCUCCUCCGUCAUCUGGGCGAAGAUUACUCCCGGGAGACGAUGAGGGAUACUGAGAUCGCCGGCCGACCAUGGUAUGGUAGAUGUGUAUACGACAGCGACAACAACGUCUGCGACGAUCAAAUCGUCACAAUCACCUGGGACGACGAACCCUCCACCUCCUUCUCUUCAGCAUCAUCGGCAUCAUCACCCUCGCUACGCACCGCCAAAACAGCCACUUUCCAUAUGAUCGCCCCGACGGAGAAACAAUGUGAACGACGCGGUCGCAUCUACGGCACGCAGGGCGAAAUCAGUUAUGACUCGCGCACCAUCACAGUAUUCAGCUUUACCACGCGGACGAGUACGACGAUCGAGGUUCCGCGGCAGCCCGAAGAGGAGAAGUCACACGGCGGCGGCGACUACGGGCUGGCUCGCAGCUUUGUGCGUGCCGUCGACGCGGUCGAGAACGCCGGGUGGGAGGUGAGUCGUGCGCAGCGGCACUUCGUUGGCUGUACGUUGGAAGAAGCGGUGCGGAGUCAUGCGGUGGUGUUUGCGGCGGAGGAGGCUCGUCGGGAGGAGAAAGUGGUGCGUUGGAAGGAGUGGUGGGAGGAUAAAGUGAGGACGAUUUAG